GACAUGUCAGACAUAGCCAAGGAUAAGGCAGCACGUCUGUUAAAGAAAAGAGGCAGCAUAUCCUCUGUAAGCAGCCAUGAAGUCAAAGCAAAAGAAAUCCUUGGAAAAAACAAAGACCUUCCCUACAGUCUUCAAGCCCAGGAGGUUCCGCAACAUCUGAUGACCAUGAAUUUGACCCAUCAGCUGACAUGCUGGUUCAUGAUUUUGAUGAUGAACGUACAUUAGAAGAGGAAGAAAUGAUGGAAGGAGAAACAAACUUCAGUUCUGAAAUAGAGGAUCUUACAAGGGAAGGUGAUAUGCCAAUUCAUGAACUACUUAGCCUUUAUGGCUAUGAUGGUAGAGUCCCACUCCCCGAAGAGGAGGAUGAGGAGGAGGAGGAAGAGGAGGAGGAAGAGGAAGGAGAAGAUGAUGAAGAUGUUGAUAAUGAUGACAACAGUGGGUGUAGUGGAGAAAACAAAGAGGAGACCAUAAAGGAUUCAUCAGGUCAGGAGGAUGAGACACAGUCCUCCAAUGAUGACCCAGCACCAUCUGUUGCUUCUCAGGAUCCACAGGAGAUAAUUCACCCACGUCGAUGUAAAUAUUUUGAUACAAACAGUGAAAUAGAAGAAGAAUCGGAGGAAGAUGAAGAUUAUAUACCUUCAGAAGACUGGAAAAAGGAAAUCAUGGUGGGCUCUAUGUUUCAAGCUGAAAUUCCAGCUGGCAUAUGCAAAUACAAGGAGAAUGAGAAAGUAUAUGAAAAUGAUGACCAACUGCUCUGGAAUCCUGAUUAUUUAACAGAGGAUAAAGUGAUUGAAUUCCUUAAUGAAGCCUCCAGGCGAACAGGAGAUGAGAGAGGGCUAGAUGCAAUUCCUGAAGGGUCACAUAUUAAAGACAAUGAACAGGCGUUGUAUGAAUUGGUUAAGUGCAAUUUUGAUACUGAAGAAUCAUUGAGAAGAUUAAGAUUUAAUGUAAAAGCAGCCAGAGAAGAGUUAGCUGUAUGGACAGAGGAAGAAUGUAGGAAUUUUGAACAAGGACUGAAGGCCUAUGGAAAGGAUUUUCAUUUGAUUCAGGCAAACAAGGUACGAACCAGAUCAGUUGGUGAGUGUGUGGCAUUUUAUUACAUGUGGAAAAAAUCUGAGCGGUAUGACUUCUUUGCACAGCAGACCAGAUUUGGGAAAAAGAAGUAUAAUCUUCAUCCUGGUGUAACGGACUACAUGGAUCGUCUUUUAGAUGAAAGUGAAAGUGCUGCUUCCAGUCGAGCUCCGUCCCCUCCCCCUACAACUUCUAACAGCACUACCAGUCAGUCUGAGAGGGAGGACAGCACUAGCAACAGUAAUCAAAACGGUGUAUCCACUAAUGGGCCAGGUGAGAUAUCGAGUAAAGAUGAAGUAAAAAUUGAAGGAUUGCAUGUGAAUGGACCCACAGGUGGCAAGAAAACUCCUCUCUCAGAUCUGGAUACAAAUGGAUAUGAAACUGAAACCCUUUCCAUUGACCCUAAACUUGCUCACUCAGCUGCAAAAAAUGAAAAUGAUUUUGAAGAAAAAAAUGAAAGACCUUCAAAAAGGAGAAGACUCAACAGCAAUGAAAAAGAAAGUCCAGGCUCCUCAGAGCUUUUUCAAGAAGCAAUAUCACAUGGGAAGUUUGAAGAAUUAGAGACUUUGGAUGACUGAAUAUGGGAACUGAUUUUAUUCCUUGGAGUAAAUUCUGGGGUGCCUAAAAUUUUCAGGGUUGAUGGGUUACCUUACAAAAUCAAACUCCUUGACAUAAUCUGAGAUUUUUCUUGUAUCUUUCAGUUGGCUCUGAAGUUCUGCUGGUUUUCACAGCUGAAAUGCAGAACUGGAAUAUUUUUGUUUUCACAGAGCUAUGGACUAUUACUGUUCUGGCAAUAUUUAGGUAUUUUAAAGAGUUUUGAGAAAUUAAUCCAGAAACUUGAUUAUAUUGCAAAAACUUUUCCUGCUUAAUUUAUUAAGGAAGUUUCUGUUAUAUACACAUUCUUCAAAUUGUUUAGAUAUUGUACAAUUGUACACAUUAUAUUUGUUGGAGGAGAGCUGAUUCAAUUUCAAAAUUGUCACAAGUAGUUGAUGUGAAAUGUAGAAUUCCAUGACACAAUGGAGGAGCAGGAAUAGAGAUUUUCAGUCUAAAUGAAGAGAAGUUGUAUACAAUUAAGGAACCCCUAUGAAUCCUGAAAGUUACAAGCAUGAGUUAUUUUUAUAUAUAGAAGUUUUUUAAAAAAAAUAAACCAAGUCAGGUUUGUGUAUGUAAAAUUGUUGACAUCAGUGAUGUCUUCCAUAUUCUUAUCUGGGCUAAAGAAAUACAUUCUGUAUUUUUCCAGAUUUCUUUGUAGCCUUUGAAAGAUUUUUACAGUACUUAUGUCUUGAUUGAGCUGUCCUUUCUUAAAACAAAAGCUUGUAUAAUGUUUCUUAACUUGUACAAUUGGUAAACUUUUAUGAAACAAUAGAUAUUCUGGGUCUAAUGUCAGCUUCAUUUUAUUUUGCUAAACUUUCUAAAAAAAAAAACCAAAAACAUGGUAAAUACUAAUUUUAAGUGUUUAUGCAGUUAUUAGCAAGUCAUGUUUUCUUCUCAGAAAACUGAAAACCAUUCAGAUUAUCAGGAAGGUUCAAAUAGUCACAUAAUUAUGAGAGUAUGAUUUUGCAAACUUCUGUCUAAGGAUAAAUAGUGAUUUUUGAGUAUUUUGGAAUUAAGCAUGAGGCUUUAUUGCACAAACUUUCUUGCUUUUAUUAUACAUUUUAAAAUUUUAUUUUUGAGGUAAGACAAAAGCUUAAUUUCAGCCAAAUCCUUAAAUAUGUUAAAAUGUAUCUUGUGCAUCUCAGUGACCACAGGAGUAGAAAAUAGAUCAGUGAUUCUGGUUGCAUAUGUUAGGAAUUAUGCACAGCUGGUUACUGUGGGCCUGAUCUUGCAUCCGUUUGAACCAUUGGGAUUCAUACUAUUAACUUUCAGCAAGUGCAGAAGCAGCAUCUGUGUACAUAGCUGGCACAGCAUGUAUGUAUGUAUGUGUGUGUAUAUAUAUGCAUAUAUACAUGUGUAUAUAUGUAAGAGGCGAUAGUAGGUUUUUAAGAGAUGGUGCUAGAAAGGAAAACCAUUAUCAAGGGACGGGAGGAUGCUAAAUCUGUUUUCUAGCUUUCCCAGUACAGGUCUGAAAUGUUGUUGUGGUAGGAGAUUAUCUCUGUGGGAAAAAAAGUUUACAACGUUUACAAUCGGGUGCUUUUUAGCCAUAGUUACACAAAACAAUGUAAAGAAACUCAUAGGAAAUAUUGCCCUGAUUAUUUAAUUUAUAAAUUGUCUUCUGCUUCUGUAGUUUUACAAAUAUACUAUUACCUUUUUUUACUAGCUUAUUUCUGCUAGUCUUCAAAAGUUGGUAUAUAUGUGUCUUCAGAGCUUCAGUUUGAAAAUUGAUACACUGAGCCGAAUUCAGACUGGUUGUACUCCAUUGAUUUAAUUAGCUAAGUUAGGCCGUUGUUCUCAGAUGUUUUAGGUGAUCUGUUUUAACUGGUUCAGCCAACAUUAGGGCAUUGACAUUAAUCUACUUAAAAUCAGAUAACAUUUAAGAGAGUAUUUAAUUUACGGCCUGCAUUAAUAUUGUGGAUUCAUUGUUUUAGGAGGUGGUCACUGUCAAUUUAAAAAUUUGAUUGAACAGAAAUCCACAGUAUCAAGUCGUAUAUCAGAGGUGGUAUUUGGAAACUUUGAGUGAAGGUAGUGUAGUGCUUCUAAAAACCUUUACAUCUGUAAUCAGAAACCUAUUUUCAAUUUCUUAUUUUUAUGCAUUUUUGUUUGCAAGUGGAAAUACUUGCAAAAACAUUUUAUAGGAGAGAUUAUAAGUAAGUUGUCUCAGGCUUGUGUGUAAAAUAUGGCACUGUGUACAUUAUCAGAAAUGUUGAUUUGUUUUUAAUCUUUUUAUGGUAUGCCUAAAGAGAUCUGACAUUCCAUAAUCAUAUAAUAUGUAAUGCUCAGCUAUACUUAAAGAAGUAUUUAAUUAUAAUUUGCAUUUUGUUUUAUGCUGAUGUGUUUUUAUACAAUAUUUGGUUCAUGAUCUUUAAAAUGCAGCCACUAUAACUUGAUAAGUCAUUGCACUACUAGUACUAUUUAAAAUUUUAGUAAUAUAGUAACUUUGAUUUGUUUCAGAAACAUUCAGUACAGUUUGGAACCAAGGAAUAUUCUAAUCGGGUUCCAGACUGCAUUGAAAAGACAGCAGUUAUGUGUAACACUUAGUAUAUUUUCAAGCACUGUCAUGAUGGAUCAAGCUGGAUCAGGUGUCUGGGUUCAUGAAGUGCUUUAAGAGUGCAGCCUGAAUCAAAAAUUCAGUUCAACAGAAUAAACUUUUGUUGGACUUUAUAAAGGAUUUAAAGCGAUAUUUUAAAAAAAUAAAAAUUUAUGAAUUAGUUUUUAUACUUUUUUUCACGCAUAGUAAUUUUGCACUGUUAGUAAUUCCCUUAUCUUUCCCCAUUCCCUUUCUGCAAUUCUGGAAAAAGCUUAUUAAAAUAUUUUUUUAAAUGGACUGUCUGUGUAUACA